AUGAAGUUAUAUUUCCAAAUCCUCAUGCUACUUUGGUGCUUUGUGGAUAUAUCAAAGGCUGCCAAAAUUGUGGUUGUGCCGCCGAUUAUGUUUGAAAGCCAUCUCUACAUUUUCAAGACUCUCGCUAAAGCUUUGCAUGAGCAUGGACAUGAUACUGUGUUUGCAGUGUCGGAAGGUAGAGAAAUCCAUUCCUCAAAUUACUUUAGAUUGCUGCGGUAUCCUGGCUUCUUCAAUAGCACAACGGCAGAUGAAUUUUUGCAAUCUAAGAUGCGGAACAUAUUCUCAGGAAGACUAACGGCACUAGAACUCUUUGACAUUCUGGAGCAUUACUCCAAGAACUGUGACAUCAUGGUUGGCAGUCAGAGUUUCAUCGCACAGCUCAAAGAGGAAAAGUUUGACUUGCUUUUGGUGGACCCAAAUGAAAUGUGUGGCUUUGUCAUUGCUCAUCUUCUGGAAGUGAAGUAUGCUGUCUUUUCAACUGGUCUCUGGUACCCAACAGAAGUUGGUGCUCCAACACCAUUAGCCUACGUACCAGAGUUCAACUCUCUCCUUACAGACCGGAUGAAUUUAUUUCAACGAAUUACAAAUAUUGCAGUAUAUUUGGUGUCACGUUUUGGUGUGAAUUUUCUGUUCUUGCCAAAAUAUGAGCGAAUUAUGCUGAAAUAUAAAAUUGAGCCUGAACGCUCCAUGUACGAUUUAAUACAGGGUUCCAGCUUAUGGAUGCUUUGCACGGAUGUAGCACUGGAGUUUCCUCGACCGACUUUGCCCAAUGUUGUGUAUGUGGGAGGAAUUUUGACUAAACCUGCAAGCCUUCUACCAGAAGUAAGGUUUGCUUGUUUUUCGCACAGCCCGAGGGCUCUGUUACUUGUAGUAUCGUGGUAA